AAAACUAUUUCAACAGCAAACUUUUCAAGAAGCCCCAGAAGCCAGCAGAAGGCGCUGCAGCAGACAAGGAAGCAAACCUGAACACUGAAACUCCAAAAUCUGGAAGCUCUGAAAACUUGUCAGAAACUGUUCCCAAGGAGAACGAUCGAGGUCUGUUCGGCGGCUUCUUUAAAAAGACCCCGAAAAGAGAGAAAGGAGAGCGGGCAGACUCACCGGACGAGGAGAAGGGCGAGGAGACGCUGGCGGCGGGUGCUGAUGAUCUAGUCGAGAGGAACGCCACCAAGGACAAAAACUAUUUCAACAGCAAACUUUUCAAGAAGCCCCAGAAGCCAGCAGAAGGCGCUGCAGCAGACAAGGAAGCAAACCUGAACACUGAAACUCCAAAAUCUGGAAGCUCUGAAAACUUGUCAGAAACUGUUCCCAAGGAGAAAGAUCGAAGUCUGUUUGGGGUCUUCCUCAAAAAGACCCCCAAAGGAGAGAAAGGAGAGCGGGCAGACUCACUGGACGAGGAGAAGGGCGAGGAGACGCUGGCGGCGGGUGUUGAUGAUCUAGUCGAGAGGAACGCCACCAAGGACAAAAACUAUUUCAACAGCAAACUUUUCAAGAAGCCCCAGAAGCCAGCAGAAGGCGCUGCAGCAGACAAGGAAGCAAACCUGAACACUGAAACUCCAAAAUCUGGAAGCUCUGAAAACUUGUCAGAAACUGUUCCCGAGGAAAAAGAUCGAAGUCUGUUUGGGGUCUUCCUCAAAAAGACCCCCAAAGGAGAGAAAGGAGAGCGGGCAGACUCACUGGACGAGGAGGAGGACAAGGAGACGCUGGCGGCGGGUGCUGAUGAUCUAGUCGAGAGGAACGCCACCAAGGACAAAAACUAUUUCAACAGCAAACUUUUCAAGAAGCCCCAGAAGCCAGCAGAAGGCGCUGCAGCAGACAAGGAAGCAAACCUGAACACUGAAACUCCAAAAUCUGGAAGCUCUGAAAACUUGUCAGAAACUGUUCCCAAGGGGAAAAAAGGAGGCCUCGCUGGCAUCUUCAAAAGAUCAUGGAGCAUUGAAAACCUGUUGGAUGAGACGAAAGGUGGACUUAAGAAAACUCCAAAAACAUCUGGAGAUGACGAGACUGCAAGAGAGAAGGAGAAGUCGUCCAGUAAUGACAAUCUGUUUGAAACGGCCAACAAGGAUAAAAGCAUUUUCAGUACCAUGUUCAAGAAAGCUCCAAAAGUAGCCGACGAGGGCGCUGCUGAGGAGGAGGAAAACGCAGACAAGGAGAAGACGUUAUCAAUCAGCAAUGAAAACCUGACCGACCAAAACACACCAAAGGAAAAGAGCGGGGGGCUUGCUGGGUUUUUUAAAAAGUCGCCUAAACCAUCACCGCGCUCCGUGUCUACCAAGGAUCCUCUCAGUGACGCCAUGGAUGUAUCUGACAACCUCACAGGCGACAUGUCAGGAGACGAACUAUUAGGCAGCAAUGAAAAUCUUUUAGAAGUUGGAACCACCACAAAGAAAAAAGGAGGCUUUGCUGGGAAGUUCAAGUGGACACCUAAAGCCGCUGACAAACAGGACAACGAAGGGGCAGAGCCACCACUAGGGGGCGGGCUGAAACGCAGGAGGACCAUCAAAAAGAAAAGAAGAGUCACAUCGUUCCGAGUCAAAACGACUCUUCCCAGGAUACCCAAACUUACCGCGUCAUCACAGGCCGAAGAAAAGAUGCCCAUCAUUGAGGAGAGUAUGGAGCUGCAGGAGAUGACCCCGGCCCAGGAGAGCACAGUGGAGGUCCAGCCGGUGGAGAUGGCAGCGUUCCCGACUGAUGGCAGCCUGCUCGAAUCAGGGGAGAGCAACGGCCUGUUGGAUUGGUGGAAGAACGUUGAAGGCUGGUCCACAUGGAACGAGACAGCCAAUUUCCAAGAGGACGAGGAGCAGAUAGCGAUGGAGGAGGCAGCUGACCGCGUCUACAUGGGCGCGCGUCUGUUUGUGCACCUCUUCAACAAGCGGGGGGCUUCCCUGCAGAAAUCCAUUCUUGAGCUUUUGUCCGUGGCCGACGGCGCUGACCAAUUCCACAAGAAGACCGUGUCAGUUGCGGUGGGAGGAGGCGUGGCCAGCGUGGCCGGCAGCCUGGCCACCAUCACGGGCCUCAUCCUGGCGCCGUUCACCUUCGGCGCCUCCAUCAUCGUCACGGCGGUCGGCAUCGGCGUGGCCACGGCGGGCAGCAUCACCUCGGCUACGGCCAACAUCACGGACGCGGUCCACUCCAAUAUGGACCGCAAGAAGAUAGAGAAGAUGAUCCAGGCCUACCAGGAGAAAAUUAAGGACAUCCGGGAAUGUUUGGAGUUUGUGCAGGCGGGCAUGGACACGCUGCAGGAGUGGGACUUUGAGAAGUACUGCGAGAGCACCACUAAGAAGGCACUGAACCACAACAUCAAGCAUGUGAUGAAGGAGGGCGGCCGGGCCGGUAAAGCCCUCAUGAUCAACACGGACAAGCUCAUCAGCACCGUGCAGGUCUUGGGUGCGGCGGGUGGCGCUGCCAAGGCCGUGCAGGCUGUCAGCGUCACCACGGGGGUGAUGUCGGCGCUCUUCCUGCUGCUCGACGUCUUCUUCCUUGCCAAGGAUUCCCACGAGCUCCACAAAGGUGCCAAAACCAAAUUUGCCACCAAAAUCAGGGAAGUGUGCAAAGAGCUGCAGGCUGGCCUCCUGGAGCUGAACAAGGUCAAGACGCAACUGCAGAAGACCAUGGAUGGCAUCGAGGUGGAGGAGUACGAGGCCAUUGAGGAGGUGGAGGUAGAAGUGGAUGACGACCUAGAGUUGGAUCCCAAUAAGAUGACAGAGCUGGAUCAGGAGUUGGACCUUAUAGAGAAGAAACUGGACAAGAAGAUUGAGGAGGAGAAGAGGAUUAAAGAUGAGGAAACUCGAAGCAUCAGGGAAAAGGAGGAGGAAAAAGAGGAGGAGUCAGGAGAAAAGAAGAAGAAGGAGGGGACCAAGAAGAAGGACAAAGAGGCCGAGAACCGAGUCGCAGCUGGGAAAGAGAAACGGGAAAAAGACGAAACAAGUUUGCGUAAAAAGGCUGUUGAGAAAACAAAAGAGAGCGACGAACCUCCCAGCAAGACCGGAGACUCUAAAAGGAGCAACAAUCCGGAAAAGGAACGCGGCCGCAGAGAAGACGGAGGGAUGACUUGGAAUGCAGCAGGACGAGCAGACAGCGGGAGCACCGGCACGCAGGGGAGCGAGUCUGCCGACCCGGAGCCAGGACCUGCCAAAAACCAGAGCGACUCGAAGGACGGUCGAAAGAAGCCGUUUUGGGAGAAGGGACUCAAAGACUGGAAGAAAGAAAUGACAGGAAGCAGAGACGACACUGGAGCACGCCAAGAGAGAAGCUACUCUUCGGAGCGGGGAGGGGCGGAGCAGCAGGUGGCGACCAGGGAAGAGCAGGGGAAAAGCCAGGUUAGGAGGGAGUCGCAUCGGGAGUCGCUUAGGGAGUCGCAUCGGGAGUCGCAUCGGGAGUCGCUUAGGGAGUCGCUUAGGGAGUCGCUUAGGGAGUCGCUCUGGGGCCACGAAAGCAGCCAGAGGGAGCACGCGGAGGAGAGGACAUCUGACAACCACAAGACUCACCACCAAAGAGCGGAGGAGAGCGCUGAGGAAAGACAAGGAACCCGAAUCGACAGCACCCGCAAGAAGUUUGAGGGAGAGAAGGAGGGGGAGCACAAAGAGAGAGGAGAGAGGAGAGGAAGUGACCGAGAGAGGAGAGGAAGUGACCGUGAACAAAGUCGCCGAGAGUCUCGCCAUCUUUCCAGUAAGCAGCUUGAUGAUGGACUCUACAUUUAGGUUUGAAGCCGUUUACACUGUUGAUCCUGUUCUCAUCAGCAUUUAGUUGCAUUUUAGACAAAAAGUCACACACUGAUUAGUAGAGAACUCACAUUUUGGGAGUUAGUUGAUAAAAGCGUUUUUAUGUGCCUUUGUUGUUUGUCCCAACUCUUGACUUUUUGGGGGGAUACACUUUUUUUUACUGAAUUCUGAUGUGAACUCACCAGAUGGCAAAUGUUCAGGAGACCACUGGUUUUUAUGUUUUAGUGCAAUAUAUGAUCUCCUGAGCCCUAAAUCCUCAAACACAAAUAAUCUUGUGAGCACAACAAUCCCUCAGAGGCGUUAUUUUACAUUACAACAUUUGUGCUUUUAUACAAAUGUUAAAACAUGCCAGUGUGGGAACUUCAACUGUGCAUCUUGUACUGUGUGUGUGUGUGUGUGUGUGUGUGUGUGUGUGUGUGUGUGUGUGUGUGUGUGUGUGUGUGUGUGUGUGUUCUUACUUAUGUCCAAAUUGGGGAUUUUCAUCUGCUCACACACCAGUUGAUUGCCAUUGGGGACCAACACCACGGUGCCCAAUUAGAGUUCAUUUCAGUUGCAUUCAGCAUGCUCAAAUAUGGGUGUCUGUCUUAAAGGCCUACUGAAAUGAUUUUUUUUUAUUUAAACGGGAAUAGCAGAUCCAUUCUAUGUGUCAUACUUGAUCAUUUCGCGAUAUUGCCAUAUUUUUGCUGAAAGGAUUUAGUAGAGAACGACGACGAUAAAGUUCGCAACUUUUGGUCGCUGCCUGUAGCGGAAGUAGCGUGACGUCACAGGAGCUAGUAUUCCUCACAAUUCCCCGUUGUUUACAAUGGAGCGAGAGAGAUUCGGACCGAGGAAGUGACGAUUACCCCAUUAAUUUGAGCGAGGAUGAAAGAUUCGUGGAUGAGGAACGUUAGAGUGAAGGACUAGAGAGGCAGUGCAGGGUGUAUCUUUUUUCGCUCUGACCAUAACUUAGGUACAAGGUCUCCUUGGAUUCCACACACUCUCCUUUUUCUAUUGUGGAUCACGGAUUUGUAUUUUAAACCACCUCGGAGACUAUAUCCUCUUGAAAAUGAGAGUCGAGAACGCGAAAUGGACAUUCACAGUGACUUUUAUCUCCACGACAAUACAUCGUUGACGCACUUUAGCUACGGAGCUAACGUGAUAGCAUCAGGCUCAAAUGCAGAUAGAAACAAAAUUAACAAAAACCCUGACUGGAAGGAUAGACAGAAGAUCAACAAUACUAUUAAACCAUGAACAUGUAAAUACACGGUUAAUAAUUUCCAGCUUGGCGAAGCUUAACAAUUGAAGCUAACUACGGAGCGGCGGCGGGCGUUGUGUGUGGAACUGUCCACGACCCCAGAAGUGGGCUACGUCAGAAGUGUAUCAUAGAAGGGAAAUAGUAAAUGAUAACUUGGCAAACAAUAACUUAACAUAAAAUAAAGUCUGACUGUGAAAUGAAUAUUCUUAAGGAUUUAUCUAGUUCUGUCCAUAGCUAGAAAUGUAGUUGGCACUUUAGUAGCAUGCAUAUACCAGUGCUACAUGCUAUCUGCUGAAGUGAUGUGGAUUUGUCUUGGGGUUUUUUCAACUUUAAAUAAACCUAACUUGCUUAAAGUUAAGUGCAAGUGUGAGACACUGUCAAUUUUGUGAAACCUAAUUUUUUUUUACAAACUUGCACGAACCAAGUGCAAGUUUAAUCAAGUUGCUCUUACUUGAAGACCAUGUUGGCAUCAUUAGCUAAGUCAGGGG